AUGCGAUGGACCGGCACUAAUGUCAUAUUUCUUCUUGUAUAUGUGGAUGACUUAUUGAUCACUGGAUCAUCUAAUUUUGCUCCUACUCAAUUCAUCUCUCGGCUCUCUACCACUUUUGCUCUUCGAGAUCUUGGGGAAGCUCAUUACUUCCUGGGUUUGGAACUACAUCGCAGUUCAAAUGGGGUGCACCUAUGCCAACGUAAAUAUAUUCAUGAUCUUCUUGUCAAGACCAAGAUGCAUGAAGCUAAACCAAUUCAUACACCUAUGGCGGCAUCUACCAGACUUGAUGUCACUCAUGGUUCUCCUCUUCCAGAUGCCACCGAAUAUCUCAAGAGGAUCCUCCAUAAUCUUAAGUCCACAAUUGAUCAUGUCAUUACUUUUCGUUCUUCUCUAGAAUUUGCUCUCGAAGCCUUUUCUGAUGCUGAUUGGGCUAGUUACCCUGUUGAUCAUCGCUCCCAAGGGGGUUUCUAUGUUUAUCUGGGUCGUAAUCUGAUUUCAUGGUGCUCUUAUAAGCAGUCCAUAGUUUCUCACUCCAGCACAGAAUCAGAAUACCGUAGUCUUGCCUCCACUGUUGCUGAAAUUCUUUGGCUCCAGAUGUUACUAACGGAGCUUGGAUUGAAGCUCCCUCGCCCACUUGUCAUCUGGUGCGACAAUUUGAGUGCCAAGUUUCUCUCCUCCAAUCCUGUCCACUAUUCUCACACCAAGCACAUAGAAUUGGAUGCCACUUUAUACGAGAAAAAGUUACAGCCGGCCUUCUACUAA